AUGAAGGUUCUCAUUACAGGCGCCUCCGGCUUCGUCGGCCAGGUCCUCGCCGAAGCCCUCCUCUCGCAAAACCACACCGUCAUCCUCACUGACCUUCACACUCCUCCCAUCCCCGGCGACAGCCAGCACCCCAGCGCCGUCGCCCUCGCCGCUGACCUCACCGCCGAGCCCCUCGCCCCCGCGCUCCUCCCGGCGGACCUCGACGCCAUCUUCAUCCUCCACGGCAUCAUGUCCUCCGGCGCCGAGGCCAACCUCGAUCUGGGCUACCGCGUCAACCUCUUCUCCACCAUCCACCUCCUCGAUGCCGCGCGCGCCACCUGCCGCGCCGGCAUCCGCGUCAUCUACGCCUCGUCCUGCGCCACGUACGGCGCGCCGCUGCCCGCCCUGCCGUCCGAGUCGACGCCGCCCACGCCCGAGAGCUCAUACGGCACGCAGAAGCACAUGGUCGAGCUACUCCUCAACGACUACCACCGGCGGGGCCUCGUCACCGCAUUCUCGGUGCGCCUGCCGAGCAUCACGGUGCGCGCGGGGGCGCCCACCCAGGCCGCGAGCUCCUGGAUGAGCGGCAUCAUCCGCGAGCCGCUCCAGGGCAAGGAGAGCACCGUCCCCGUGACCGACGACAGCUUCCAGUGCUGGGUGUGCUCGCCGCGGACGCUGGUGCGCAACCUCGUCAAGUGUCUGGCGCUGCCGCGGGACUGCAUGGAGCCGCACAUCCGCCAGGUGCUGCUGCCGGGCAUCACGGUGAGCGUGGGCGAGAUGCUGCUGGCGCUCAAGAACGUGGGCGGCGAGGAGGCGGUGCGGCUGGUCAGGCGAGAGGAGGCGGACGAGGCGACGACGAGGCUGUUCAGGAGCUGGCCGGUGGGAUUCGACGUGAGCAGGGCACUGAAGAUUGGGUUUGAGCCGGCGGGGUCGUUUUUGGAGGCGGUGGAGGAUUUUGCGGCUGGGUUGAAGUCGACGUGA